GCUCUUGAGUCCACCCGAGUCCAGCGCAACGGCAGAAUGUCGACUACGCACCACCCCGAUCCGAACAAAACCGACAUCGCUGCCAGGCUGUCGUUCGUGAGCGGCACCUCGCAGCCCAAGGACAUCGAGGAUGGCAACCAUUACACGACAGUGAAGACCCCCGACCCGACGGCUAUUGAAGGCGGAGCUCUUCGUGAAGGUGGCGCCCCCGACCUCAAGAGCAAGGACAGUCUUGGUCUUCUCGUCCAAUAUGCCGCCAUCGGUCUCAACUAUGGUGUGCUGCCGGCUACAAUUUACCCGUUCCUGCAGAACUACCUGAACGCGUCGGGUACCCAGGUGACUACGGCUCAAACGCUGGUGGUGCUACCGUGGACUUUCAAGUGCUUCUACGGUAUCCUGUCGGACUGCGUGCCGCUGUGGGGAUACCGUCGUCGUCCGUGGAUGGUGAUCGGAUGGAUCAUUUGCUUGCUCGCAUUGGUUAUCAUGGCUUGCAUGCCUGAGGGAGACCCGUACUACACGGUGUCGUCCGACCGCGACAUCAAACCGGCCGACUACACACCCGAGAUUCAGGCGCGUAUCAACUACGACGCGUCUUCGCAAGCCGGCAAGUACGUCAUGCUCAUGUUCCUCGCUGCCGUGGGCUAUGUGCUAUCGGACGUGUGUGCCGACAGUAUCGUAGUGGACUUUGCCCAGCGUGAGCCUCUCGAAACCCGUGGCAAGACCCAGUCGGCCAUCUACGCCGUGCGUACCGUGUUCGUCAUCAUCGGACAGUUGCUCACCGGCUUCUGCUUCAACGGAGAGGAGUACGGCGGUGACUUCAACUUCUCCAUCACCUUCCCGCACCUGAUGAUCAUUCUUGCUGUGUUGACGGUGCCGGUUAUCCCAAUGACCUGGUUCUUCAUCAAGGAGGAGAAGAAGCCUCGCGUGAACUUCACGAACUACAUGAACGAGCUGUGGGAUCUGAUCCAGAAGCGCGUGAUGUACCAAGUUAUCUUCUUCACCUUCUUCCAGGGAAUGUUCUCUACCAUCUCGUACACUGCCAGCUCUCCCGUACAGUCGUACAUGGUUGGCGUCACGCCGAUUAACAGUACUAUCAGCGAGAUCAUCGGUAACAUUUGCUUCUUCACCGGUAUCAUGGUCACGUCCAAGUGGGGCCUGCACUGGAGCUGGCGCUGGAUGAUCCUCUUCACGGGCGCCUUCGUGAUGAUUGUCGAUGGUAUCACGACCUUCAUCACGAUCUGGAACGUGUUCCGUAGCCAGUGGUUCUGGCUGGGAUUGCCUAUGGCCGUGCAGCUCCCCUACGGUGUUGGCUUUAUGAUCUCUUCCUUCGUCAUCGUCGAGCUGUCGGGUAUCGGCAACGAGGGCGUCGUGUACGGUCUGAUCACGAUGGUUUCCAACCUGGCAUCGCCGUUCGCUACGGCCAUGACGCUGGUGAUCGACCAGCCGUUCAACCUGACUACGGAGCGCAUCCAGGAGGACGAUAAGUCCAUCCGUACGGACAUCACGUACGCCGUGAUCAUUAUGUACGGCAUGACGGCCUUCUCGUGGGUCUUCCUGGUUUUCCUGCCUCGUCAGAAGGAAGAGACUCAGGAACUGCUGCGCACGGGCGGCAGCAGCAAGCUGUUCGGCGCGCUCACUGUGGCCUACCUUACGUUCGCGUUUGUGUGGUCCCUGAUGACCAACAUCAUGGCCAUGUUCGAGAGCACCUCGUGCCUGAUGAUCGCUGGCGGCAGCGGCUGCUAAAUGUAUCUCUCUGCUAGUUCGGUUCAUUACAUUUGCGUAGUACUUGUCCUUGACAUCAUUGCGUAUUACAGUCGUACGAAUGAAGGCGGCUAAUUAGUGCACAACUUUGUUUCAUAUUCAC